UUUGAUUUGAUUGAACUUCAUACUUCAUUCUUGACGUGUAUAUCACUUCUUAAUCUAUACCUAUUGUGGUAUUUAAAUAAUUUUGAAAUUUCUUGUUCAACAUGCCGAUAUUAUAGUUUUUAUCUUAGCAAGAAGACAACCUAAAAUGGAGGAUGAAGAUCCAGUAGUACAGGAGAUACCUGUUUUUCUUUCACAAGCUUUGUCUAAACAUUUAUACAUAUACCAAUAUCCUGUUAGGCCGGCCAAUAGAGAUUGGAAGGAUGUUAAAGUAAAGAAUGCUUCAAUCAAACCUAAAAACCAAUUAGUUAGACUUGAAAUCGGAUUAGAUACGUACAGUGAUAAAUAUUGUCCUUCUAAAGGCGAACAGAUUGCAAUUAACACAGAUGGACAACAGGAAUCUUCAUGGCAUGUCAAAGAAAAAGAUCGAUCUCAGUACUUCAGGAAUGGGAUCAUGGACAAAAUUGUUUACGAGAGCAGUACUCCCUGUGUGGAGACACAACACUACACUGUGGCUAUAUUGCAGGAUAAAGAAUUACAUUGUACAUCUAUUCAAGGUGUAGUCCAAAUGAGGCCGUCAUAUUCGUACUACGAUAAACAGGACAAGCGUAAGCACGACAAAAAUAAAUCAAAUGAUUCUGAUGAUGAGGAGAAAGAUUCUGAAGUUCAACAGAUAACGGUGAAGUUUGCUCGUCAAGAGACAGAAGUGGCUAAGAAAGCGCGCGAAAAAUCAUUUGAAACAAUGUCACACCGGUUAGCUGAAGAACCAUGGUACGAUGCGAUGUGGAGACAUCAUGACACUGAUCAAGCCGAGCUGGAGCGCCUGAAGCUGUUCAGUGCGACGUCAUCAGACGGGUCCGCGCUGCGGCUGCGGGGGCGCGAGUACGUCCGCGCGCUGGUCCCGCCCGCUGAAGAGGACCAAGCGCCCGACCAGAUACCCUCGCUGCAAGACCAGGUCCGGGAGAUACUUAUCAAUGGUGAGCACAUGAGCAUAUUUUAUUAUAAAAAUAUUAUUAAAAAUUUUCUUUUCCAGCUAUAUUUAUUCACACAACAUACGUACAUAGACCGACGAAAGGUAGCUGCCGCAGUUCGACUACCUCCUGAUGAGGUUUUGCAGAUCAUCCGCACGGUUGCCAAAUACAACCCGCAGCACGGCUGGGAACUUCUGAUACCGCCAGAUCUAGCGUUUGAAGCGAAAUACCCAGAGGUGAUGCAGCGCCAAAACCUCCACUGGGAAGCACGUCAGAGGUUGUUCAACGAGAUGCUUAUAGGAGAAAGCGUUCCUAAACGGCAGAGGAAAAAGUCGCAGAGGGAGUCGGUUAGUUCCGAUACGAUGCUGAGUCCAAAAACGAGGUGUAAUAGUGUAAGUGAAGAAGACAGUGAUAGAAAAAGACAUAAAAACAAAUCCGCUACCGGUAGCGGUAAACGGACCCGAAACAUUAGUUCAAGUAGUGCACACGAUGGUACGUGAUCGUCACGGAGUAGGUAGGUUAUCAAAUUUUAUUGGCGUUGGUGCGGAGUUUUCACUAUGACGUUGAAAUUGAUGAUUUAAAAGUGCUUGUAAACAAGUCUAUUUUAAUAAAGAUAUUUGAAUUUGAAUUUUGAAUGUAGGUAUUGACUCUCCCAGUGCUUGCAUGACUAUAUUUUGAUUUAAAUGGUGAGGAAUUACUAAGUAGAGACAGAAGUCUUUAGUCCUGAGGAAUGGAAAAAUAAAGUGUAUAUAUGAUCUCCCUGGUGCAGUUUAUGUCUAUAGGCGAGGCGAUAAUAACUUUCCAUUAGGCGUGCCUUUAAUUUAUUUGCCAUUUUAUGUAGUAUAAAUAAAAACAUACAAAGUACAGUAAAAUACAAUCUUUAUGUCAUAGUGAAAAACUAAUUUUUCUGCAUAUUCCUCGCUUGCUUGUUUGAUAGUGAAGAAGGUACGAUAAUAAUGAUUGUGACAUAUUAAAAUUUUUUUAUUUUGUUAUUGCAAAUCAUUGUUGCGAUGAUGGGUAGGAACUGAUUUUGUUUUAAGAGUAGACAUCAAUAGUACAUUACAGUAAUACAUACAUCGCUAGCGUGGUUUAUUUUGGGGAAGCUAUUGGUAAUAAUUAUUUUGUCCAAGUUAACUUGAAUGCAAGGAAUAGAUAUAUGUAUUGUAAUUAUAUUUUUUUGUGCUUCCAGUAUUAUUUUUAAAUGUAUGUAUAAUAAAAAUGUAAUGAUUUUGUUUUAUUUUAAAUUCUACUAGUAUUAUAAUUGUUAAAAUUUGUCGAAAAGUUUACUUGUUUGUUACACAGUUACACUUACUUGGACAUAUGAAUGGAUUUGAAGAAUUUAUUAAUAUCAUAUGAAAAAUCAUAUUUCAAAAUUGUAUGAUUGGACAAGUCGGCAAGAUUUGAUUCCAUACUGUAAUUAAUAACGAUUUUAUUGAUAGAUUCAUCUGGUCUAAGGAGAGCACUUGAACUAUGCCUCACUGGAUGUCCAUUUGGAAAAUACUUAGUCACUUGAAAAUGAUUGAGUUUUGUUGAUUUUAAAAUGGGUAUCUUAUCUUCAAUAUUUAUAAAUAUUACAUACAUAUUUGUCACGCCUGUCUCCCAUUAGGGAAGGUAGAAACAAUGUAACGACAAAUGCCAAAUCGCCAUCAUUAUCCAUCUUCUCCAAAUUGCCAAACAAACGCAAUAUUCUUUUUUCGAUUUUGUCACUACAUUGUCUUUCAGUCCGCACUUUUCCCUAAUCACAUUGUUUCUUACUAUAUAU